AUGGCGCCGAUACUGUACAAAAUGGAUGCCAGUCCACCCGCCAACGCGGUGAGGAUACUCUCAGACAUCAUCGGACUGGAACUUGAAGUCAAGGACGUCAACUUUGGUGUACUCGAACACAAGUCUCCUGAACAUUUGAAGCGUAACCCUAUGGGUACAGUACCAACGCUGAUCGAUGGAGACUUCACUAUCUCCGAGAGCCACGCCACCAUGAAGUACCUUCUCUCAGUGUACGGCGGCGACAAGAGCGAGGCGCUGUACCCGAGCGACGUGCGCACGCGCGCCAUAGUGGACCAGUGCAUGUUCUUCAAUGUCGGCAUAUUCUUCAUCAGGCUCAAAGUUGUUGUUCUGCCUGCCAUAUUCGGUGACUUGGACGGUCCUACUGAGAAACACAAGGCAGACAUUGACGAGGCCUACGGCAUCGUGGAGGCGUACCUGGCCAAGAACAAGUACAUCGCUGCUGACCACCUUACCAUUGCAGAUUUGAGUGUCGGUGCCACCACCAUCUCUAUGCAACCUUUGCAUAAACUGGACGCUGCCAAGUUCCCCCUGACGGCUGCGUGGAUGGACAAGUUAAAAGAGCACCCAUCAGUUCAGAAGUACCUGGUACCCGGCGCCAAGAUCCUCGGAGAUAUUGUAAACGCGGCCUGGGAGCGGAACAAGAAGAAAUAG